GUAAACAUGGGCAAUGACAGGUUGAAAUUGGCCCUGUAUGUGCUUACAGCUUUGCUAUUAUGUCAUGUCAAAGUGAACGGUGUUUCAACAACUGAUGGAUCAGUACACCAGCUCAAUCUGUCACCAGAGUUACAGAGUGAAAGUACUGAUAUUCAAAAUACGGAAUACAAAGCUGCAGAACUAGAUACUGUAACACAGAAACCUGUCCCUGAUCAGCAAUACCUACAAAAGCAAAAUGACUUGGAAAGGAAAACUGAAAUGCAAGCUAGCAAUGAAGUAAAUCCAGAACAGCAGAAUUCCUCACUGCUAAACUUGCAAAAGAGCCCAGAAAAAAUACUUCCACAACAGCAGAAUACUGCAGAGCCGAUUCCACAACAGCAAAAUACUGCACAGCCUAUUCCACAACAGCAGAAUACUGGACAGCCGAUUCCACAACAGCAGAAUACUGGACAGCAGAAUACUGGACAGCCGAUUCCCCAACAGCAGAAUACUGCAGAGCCUAUUCCACAACAGCAGAAUACUGCAGAGCCUAUUCCACAACAGCAGAAUACUGCAGAGCCUAUUGCACAACAGCAGAAUACUGCAGAACCUAUUCCACAACAGCAGAAUACUGCAGAACCUAUUCCACAACAGCAGAAUACUGCAGAGCCUAUUCCUCAAAUGCAGAAUAAUGGACAGCCAUUUCCACAACAGCAGAAAACUUCACAGUCAAUUCCUCAAAUGCAGAAUAAUGGACAGCUGAUUCCAGAACAGCAGAAUACUGCAGAGCCUGUUCCAAAACAGCAGAAUACUGCAGAGCCUAUUCCACAACAGCAGAAUACUGCAGAACCUAUUCUACAACGGCAGAAUACUGCAGAACCUAUUCCACAACAGCAGAAUACUGCAGAGCCUAUUCCACAACAGCAGAAUACUGCAGAACCUAUUCCACAACAGCAGAAUACUGCAGAGCCUAUUCCACAACAGCAGAAUACUGCAGAGCCUAUUCCUCAAACGCAGAAUAAUGGACAGCCAUUUCCACAACAGCAGAAAACUGCACAGCCAAUUCCUCAAAUGCAGAAUAAUGGACAGCCAUUUCAACAACAGCAGAAAACUUCACAGUCAAUUCCUCAAAUGCAGAAUAAUGGACAGCCAUUUCAACAACAGCAGAAAACUUCACAGUCAAUUCCUCAAAUGCAGAAUAAUGGACAGCCAUUUCAACAACAGCAGAAAACUUCACAGUCAAUUCCUCAAAUGCAGAAUAAUGGACAGCCAUUUCCACAACAGCAGAAAACUUCACAAUCAAUUCCUCAAAUGCAGAAUAAUGGACAGCCAUUUCCACAACAGCAGAAAACUUCACAAUCAAUUCCUCAAAUGCAGAAUAAUGGACAGCCAUUUCAACAACAGCAGAAAACUUCACAGUCAAUUCCUCAAAUGCAGAAUAAUGGACAGCCAUUUCCACAACAGCAGAAAACUUCACAAUCAAUUCCUCAAAUGCAGAAUACUGGACAACCAUUUUCACAACAGCAGAAAACUGGACAGCCAAUUGCUCAACAUCAGAAUACUGCACAGCCAAUUCCUCAAAUGCAGAAUACUGCACAGUCAAUUCCGCUACUGCAGAAUACAGCUACUAAAGCAGCAUCUGAUUUAGAUCAUACAACAGACAUGUCAGUGGCAGAUGAUAGUGAUGAUUUCAUGAAAGCAGAAGAAAACAUGUAUGGUAAUCUUGACUUAUGGGAUGAUGAAGAUGAAGACGAAUUCCCUACAGAUGAUAGUCAACUAACAUCAUUUGGCAGUGAUGAUGAUUGGAAUUUCCCCCUAGGUGAGAAGUUAAUUCCCAAAGGAAAGGUGCUUGACAACCCUUACAAACCGUCAAUGGAGACAUUUGGAGAUGAGAAGAACUAUCCCCCUCCCAAAGAAGGUGUUGUCACAUCAAGUCUUCAGAAAAAGAAUGAGGAUGCGGAUGUACAGAUGGACACAAUAGCCUAUUACAGUUGGAUUAUCUUCCUCACUUGUAUUGUCAUUUCUGUCUUCAUCUUCACCAGACACAGACACAGGUUUGGUAACUUUCUGAAGUUUGGGCACAAUCAGAGGAACUACCAAUCUGAUGCUGAAGAGGGGAAGAACUUGUUGAAAAAUGUCUAUACAUAAUACCACUCCAUCAUAUUUCUAUCAGAAUCUCAACAUGGGAGCUACCCCAUCGUGGAUUUCUUAUAUCCUAUCUACACUUCAAAAAAUUUGUUUAUCAGUACCCCCUGGUAAUUAAUAGUCACCUAAUAGUGAGCUGAUUAAACUGUUGGGGUAGGUGUACAUAAUGUACAAUAUGUUCCUAUUGGAGAUGAAUUAUCUUCUCCUGUUAGUGGACGGAGAUCUGUCGAUUAUGUUCACAGAUACUUCAACUGCUACCUACAGUAUUGAUAUAACAUGGCUGUUUAUAUUUAUGUAAUAUGCUUUUGUACUUAACAUUUAAUUUUAUUUUAAUGGUUUCAUAUAUAAUUCAUGAAAGUUUUUUUUUUUUGUGUGUGUCAUAUUAGUUUUAUAAAAGAGAAAAUAUUCAUAUACCAUAAGAACCAAUGUUUGCAUGCAAGAAAUACCAAAAUAUCAAUUAUAUUUUGACAAAUGUUUUAUUGUUAUUUUGUGGUCCCAAAGAGAAAAAAUAUCAUGAUGCAUUUAGUUAUAGCUUUGAAAUCCUAUCAUAUAUACUCCCAUUAACAUUUUUUGUUAGAUUUUUCUUCAUUUUUAAUUUUUUUGUUUUUGUUUUUUUUUAAAACAUAACUGAGUAUGGUUCAUGAGAGAUUCUCAAGUUGUCGUUACUUAUUUCAGAUGGAAUAUGGAAUUUAUGUACAUUCCAUGUUGUAUGUAACUUAAAGCUGUAGGGGAAUGAAUUUCAUAAAUAUUACCUGUGAUUCAUAUGCAAUGUAUUUUGCACUUAGGUAAGCACUGUAGAUCAAGAAUAUUGAAAGUUGAUACCAAUUCAUAUGUACAAAAUGUACUUGUAUAUGCUAGGUAUAUUCACAUAUCACAUGUGGUCUGUAACUUGAAUAUCAAUGGAAAUAUACAAGGCUUUGUUUAUCAAAACAGAGUUCAAAGUAGAAAAAAAUGAAACAAAUAUCCUCAAUCUUUUAAGAGUUUGAUAACAAAUUACCUGGUGGAGAUUUUCUACGGAGGUGAAGUAAUUAUGUUCAUUCCUUAGAGUGUGAUGCAAUCCUGAUGGGUUUAUGUACUUAAUCAUAAAUAUUUAUUGUUAUUUUUUACAAAUCAAUGGCUAAACUUUUUUUUUUUUUUAAGAUUUUUGAAAAGUUAUACAUUUAGCUUUAAGCUUUCUUUGUUUUACUUCACUUUUGAGUUGAUAAAAAUACUACAAAAUUAGCUACUAGUUACUGAAUAUGUAACAUAAACCUGUGAUAAAUUUAAAGGUAAACUAAGCAUUUGUUUGUAUGACUUUUUUGUCAUAAUAUGACUGUUGUACUGUUAUUGUAGAUAUGGUAUCAGCUAUGUCCUCAAAUAACCCCCUUACCUUGAUUUUAAUUGUAUUUGUCCUGUAGUAAGUCAACUUCCUGUAGGCUUAAUGACAACAAAUAGAUAUUGUGUAUUUUCAUAUGUUAUAGAAAUAACAUUUUGAAAUAUUAUUACUAUUUCGAAAAAAAAUUCCACAUCAUUCUUUUUCUUAAGCCUCACAAAUUAAGGCAUCCAAUAGUGGCUCAUUUGAAGCAUAAGACACAUAUCAUCUGAUGCUUAUACAUGCAUAUAUGCAUUGUAUACUUAAACCUUGCUGUUUCAUUUGUUGGAGGGAUAUGAAGGAAUCAGUGUGUCCUGCCUGGUUGUCUGUUUGUCUGUCCAUCUGUCCAUCUGUUUACUCAUUUGCUGUCUUUAAAACUGACUUUUUACUCACUUGACUGAUGAAACUCCGUUCUCAUGAUCUGGUGGGACCAUGAUAGUACAGUUGAUAGACCAUUGGCCCAUGUAAUUGUUGGUUAAGAUCCAAAGUUUUGUGAUUCAUGGUGGUUUGUGUUUACCAGGGAGCUAAUCAGAAAAAGGGACUGGUCUGUGCUGACCUGGUUCUGUUAUUCGGCAAAACACUUUACCCUAGUUGCCCUGGAUGGUAUGUGAUGGGCCUCUCAUAUUUUGUUCAGUGAGGUAGCCACCAGCUACUACAAGGAAACCCUCAGAAUGAACCUGGCUGUUCACUGGGCAAUAAACCCAGCAAACUUGUGAUUAGUGCUUAUACAGUGGUAUAAUGUAAUUUUUUUUUUUUUUUUGAGCUUUCUUUAGAGUUUUGUUCCUUUUCGUGAUGUGCUGAAUGUAGCUAAGCUGUAUUCAGAGACUUGAGGAUUGUCUGCUGUCAGAUGUAAAUUUCAUUUAAUAAGAUAAACUGGAGGCAAGUUAUCAGUACUAUUGGUACAUGUUGUGUGUGUGUAUUUUUUUUUCAUUUUGACCACUUUCUUGGAGUUAUGCCUCUUCUACUGUUUAGAUAGAAGUUCAGGACAACAACAUUAUGGUGCUCAUUCCUUGCAGAAGUUGGUGUUCAUAGCCAACAUAGCUGUGUGUUCGAGAUUUUGUUUUAUUUCAUUAAUUUUCUCAUGAAUUAUGCCCCAUUCAUGAUUUUCUGUAACUCCGAUAUUAGAUGUUGGAAUGGAAUGACUUACAAUUUUUAAUUACAUACCCAGUGAUAUUGAGUCAAACCACUGCCCGGAAGUCACUGAUGAAGACUUAAGUCAAUAGAAUAGCCUUGAUUGAACUCUUAUAUGUCAGUGUACAUGCUAUAUCUUUAUGACUGCUGCUUUUUCAUUGUACUCCUAUAAUCAAUUGUAUGAUCUCGCUACAACGAGAGAAAUGUCACCCUGUAUAUACAUUUAUAUAUAUGUUUCUCUGUAAGAGCUGCCAAAAGGUCAAAAUCGUCCUGUAUUUUUUAUUUACAGGGUAACAUUUAUGAUUUCUCUAUUACCUGUGCCAUAGCAACAAUCACAUACAUUGUAUUACAUGUAUUGUGGUACACCUAAAUUGUUUGGGUUAUGAUUAUCUGUAGGAUUACAUAGUUUUAUGUGUGAGGUCACAACCUAAUGAUAUAUUCAUUGAGUUAAGAUAUUACUAUUUUAUUGUUUAUAAACAAAAUUUGUAUACAUUUUGUUAAUGUUACCAAAUCCUGUGUUUCAUUACCUUUUCAUGCAAUAUUAUGUACAGAAAUUCAUAUCCUUUAUACACAUUUAUUGAUAAGUCUGGUGAGUUAUAUGGUCAUUAUCUUGUUUGUUGUAUGCUUAAUACUUUAUAUACAUAGAUAAAUAGUAAGUAUAUACAUAGAUAAAUAGUAAGUAUAUACAUAGAUAAAUAGUAAGAGAACAAAGAUAUAUACAUCAGAUUUUCAAAGUGAUUUGCCCCUUGGUGCACAAGUGAUCUGCCCUUUGGUGAAGAAGUGAUCUGCCCUUUGGUGAAAACAUUAUAAACUCCUUUGUUAAGACAUGAUCUGCCCCUUUGUGAAGACUUGAUCUAAUUGUAUAAAAAUGCUGAGAAAAGAAGUAAAAGUUUUUUUAUCAAGACAACAUCAUUUUGUAUUUUGUAACAGAAGAAUUUUUCAAAAUCAAUAAUCCAUCUUUAGAUAGUUUACCAUGAUGAAUUACUGGAUUUUACAUAAAGUAUUAAAACUGUGUGUGCUUGUCUAAGAUUGAUUGAAUUUAUAGUAGAACAAUUUCAGUUGAGAGCACUACAAUUUUCUGUAUUUAUGAACACGUAUCAGUGAAUAUACAUAUCAUAGCAACAUAUUUAUAAGAAAUAAACAAAUUGAAUUAAGGAAAAAUGAUGCCCUUGUCGAAAAUUACAUUAUGAUGUACGUUGUUCAUCUGUUAAAACACAUGAACAGGCUUUUCUAGAAUCUCAGUUAUAUUUUUGAAAAUAUUUCCAUAGAUUAUUUGCAUUUUGUUGUUUUAACCAAAAACAUUGUACUGAUAUUAUAGUGUGUUUCUAUAUAAAUUGUUUUUAAUAUAUACUGUUUCUAUAAACAACACACUAAUGUGACAUAGUUGACCUUUUUUUUAAAUAAUCUUAUGUUGAAAUUUUGUGGAAAUUAUUGGAAUGUUGCAUUUAAUGCACCUCCCAAUCUAUAUUUAACAUCUGUUUCGGUACAGUCUAAACGCUGAUUUGGGUUUCCCUUACUUACCAUUAAACCAUCUUUUAGAUUUCACAUAUAAGGCCCAGGGUGCCACCAAUAGGUCCUAGAAGGACAAAACUGCUGAAUGUGUAAUUCAUUACUUAUACUGCAUUGAGUACUAAAUUUGUGCUGAAAGGUGCUAUUUAUCAAGUGUACUAUCAUUUCUAUGGCCAGUUUUCCAAUGUGUUGUAUCAGUGUUAAUUGUCCAAAUGUGAUGCCAUGUAUUUCUGAAAGCAGACUCACAGAGCAAUUACAAAUUUUUCAUAUAUUUAUUAUAUGAAAUAUAUUUUUUCCAUAGAAACCUACCACAUAUUGUUGACAAUAUAAAACAGAAAAUGUAGCCAUUGUUUAUCAAUUAUUAUGUUAGUGGGUCCGUUUGCAAGGUUGUUAUUGAAUAAAAGCUUUUCUGCAUUUUGAAA